UGCCCAGGAGCAAUCGCAAUGACAGCACAGGCCUCAGCUCACCAGAGGUGAAACCUAGAUUCGCCUUGUCCCAUAUGAGUGCUGCUGCAUGAGAUCCCACGCUCACCCAGCUCCCACCGCCCCCUGACACCUGAUGAUAAAGCAAGCCAUGGGCAGCGUCCGAGUCAACCGGUACAGUAUUGUCUCAACUGAAGAGGAUGGACACAAAGUCUCUGCGCUGGGCAGCAUGAAUGGGCACAGCCGGAAUGGGAAGGGCCAUGCCCCCCGGCGGAAGCACCGCAACCGUUUUGUGAAGAAGAAUGGACAGUGCAAUGUCUAUUUUGCCAACCUGAGCAACAAAUCUCAGCGCUACAUGGCCGACAUCUUCACCACCUGUGUGGACACGCGCUGGCGGUACAUGCUCAUGAUCUUCUCUGCUGCCUUCCUGGUCUCCUGGCUCUUCUUUGGCUUCCUCUUUUGGUGCAUCGCUUUCCUCCAUGGUGACCUCAACACACCAGCAGGGGCAGGGGGCCCGUCUCUCCUCAAGCCCUGCAUCAUGCAUGUGAACAGCUUCUUAGGGGCUUUUCUUUUCUCAGUAGAGACCCAGACGACCAUUGGAUAUGGCUUCCGCUGUGUGACUGAGGAGUGCCCACUGGCCAUCAUGGCAGUCGUGGUCCAGUCCAUUGUGGGCUGUGUGAUUGACUCCUUCAUGAUUGGCACCAUCAUGGCCAAGAUGGCAAGGCCCAAGAAACGGGCCCAGACCCUCCUUUUCAGUCACCAUGCGGUCAUUUCCGUGAGGGAUGGCAAACUGUGCCUCAUGUGGCGAGUAGGCAACCUGAGGAGGAGUCACAUUGUGGAGGCCCAUGUCCGGGCCCAGCUCAUCAAGCCCUACAUGACAGAGGAAGGGGAAUACCUCCCGCUGGAUCAGCGAGACCUCAAUGUGGGCUAUGAUGUGGGCCUUGACCGCAUAUUUUUGGUUUCACCCAUUAUCAUUGUUCAUGAGAUUGAUGAGGAGAGCCCGCUGUAUGGGAUUGGGAAGGAGGAGCUGGAGACGGAGAACUUUGAGAUCGUUGUUAUCCUGGAGGGGAUGGUAGAAGCCACAGCCAUGACCACGCAGGCACGAAGCUCUUACCUCGCUAGUGAAAUCCUUUGGGGCCACCGUUUUGAGCCAGUUGUGUUUGAGGAGAAGAACCACUACAAGGUGGAUUACUCACGCUUUCACAAGACCUACGAGGUGGCUGGAACACCUUGCUGCUCAGCCCGGGAGCUGCAAGAAAGCAAGAUGACUAUCCUACCUUCUCCCCCACCUCCCAGUGCCUUCUGCUAUGAGAACGAGUUGGCUCUUGUCAGUCAAGAUGAAGAUGAAGAUGACGACGAAGUGGGUGUGGCAUUAGGGGGCAGCACAAAGGAAGAGGGAGGUGUCAUCCAGAUGAUGGAUUUUGGAAGCCAUCUGGAUUUGGAGCGGCUCCAGGCGACUCUGCCCCUAGAUACAAUCUCAUACCGCAGGGAGUCAGCCAUCUAACUCCUUCUGCCUCCGCGUUCCACACCUGUUGUCCACCACCUCCUCCUCUGUUCUGCACCCUUAUGUAGCUGCUGGAUAAGUCCCUUCCCCACCAAAAAGGCCUCCCGUGACCACCUCUCAGCCCUUGAGUACAUCGAGUCUUGGAGCUACUCUGACGUACUCCCUUUCCCAUGAAGACAUACUACUUGGAAGGGGAGUGAGGAUACACUACCCUCCUUCCAGUGUGCAUAGCUUGUGCUAGGACUCAUUUCCUGACCAGAGACAGGAGAGUAGCACAUCUGAUUUCUAAUCUCUGGAGAGGUGACAGAGUCCAUGCCCUCCACAGACAGACUGGGAGCCACAGCAAUUGUUUCUGCUGCUUAGACAAUGACGGACUUUCUGUCCCCUUUCAACAUGGGUAGGCCCCAUGGCUAUCAAGAGUCAUGACUGUCACUAGGAGAGGAGUGAUACCUAAACAGUGACCAGAUGAGGACCGAUAGGAAAGUUUAGGGAUCCUGGAGGGAGUGGGGAAGGAUCUUGCGGGAGGGGUUUACUUGCAUGUUUAUUGCUUGUUGCACAUGACUCUUUUUUUGUAUAUAAAACAGAUCAAGAACUGAAAUCCAUAUUCUUCCACUGUAAAUGCCAAGCUAGGAGACAAGGACACUGUACGUAGCCUACACUGCACUCUCCUUGGCUUUUGGCAUCUGUCACUUCCAGAAGCAGCUUGGCUCCACACACUCACACCCAGUUCUCCCAGUCCUUAUGAAAAACGCUUUCUGCUUCUCUCCCAAGAUGCCUGGCAGAGGAGGCAGGGCCCUGUGUUUGCACACACAAACUAUUCACUGGUACAGCACCGCCAGGACGACAGACAACUGACCUGACUGGACAGCAGACACUCUACUUGUUCCUUUCACCUCCGCUCUUCUUCUCCUUGCUGCCAUCAGCUGUAAAACUGAAUUUGUAACUAUUUAUUUUUAAUAAAGUCUAAUAUCCCAGGGGGAGGUUUGGAAGCAAAAGAGC